GGGUGCGUGUGGAGUUCAGGUGACGUCAUGGCGGCUGUCAGAGCUCAACCAAUUAGCGGUCACUCUGCAGUGAGGCGCUCCAGAAUGAUAGAGCCCGGGGAGGUUGGCGUUCAGCUAUGAACUUCACUAACUUCUUCACACCGACCGGUUAAGUGCACCUUCAGCCAUGCCUGUGACAUCUCAGCUGCUAAGGGGUUUGCCCCGCACCAAGGUCUUGGCUUCCAGUCUGUUACCAUGCCAACAGCAACGGUCCCAACUUGGCCCCAUCACACAUCGACCUGCCUCAAGACGGCCCUCUUGUAUGUGGCAGAGCCACCAGCACUCAAGAAGCUACCUGACAACGUCAGUGCUCCGCAGUUACAUCCUCACACCGCCACAGGUCAACUCUAUCCUAAAAGCCAACGAGUACAGUUUCAAGGUGCCAGAGUUUGAUGGGAAGAAUGUGUCCUCCGUGAUGGGUUUUGAGAGUAAUCAGCUGCCAGCCAAUGCUCCUAUAGAGGAUCGGAGAAGUGCGGCUACAUGCCUGCAGACAAGAGGAAUGCUGCUGGGUGUGUUUGAUGGCCAUGCAGGCUGUGCCUGUGCACAGGCACUGAGCGAGAGACUGUUUUACUACAUCGCUGUGUCUCUGCUGCCCCAUGACACGCUGUGUGAGCUGGAAGCAGCGGUGGAUGCCGGCAGGGCCCUCAGUCCCAUCCUGCAGUGGCACAAACACCCCAACGACUACUUCAGCAAGGAGGCUCAGAAUCUCUACUUCAACAGCCUCCGAACAUACUGGCAGGAGUUAAUAGAUCUCACCAGCCCAGGCGAAGUUCCAGACACACGCGAGGCAUUGCUGAAUGCCUUCAAGAGGCUGGACAAUGACAUCUCCCUGGAGGCUCAGGUCGGUGACCCGAACGCUUUCCUACACUACUGGGUCCUGAGAGUGGCAUUUUCAGGAGCGACGGCCUGCGUGGCUCAUAUCGAUGGAUCAGACCUGUAUAUUGCCAAUGCAGGAGAUGCUCGGGCAGUUUUGGGGGUGCAGGAGGAGGACGGUUCAUUCAGCGCUCACACGCUCUCUAAUGACCACAGCGCCCAGAAUGAUGAAGAGGUGGCUCGGAUACGAAGUGAACACCCUCCGUCAGAGAGGAAGACGGUCAUACGACAGGACCGGUUGCUUGGCCUCCUUAUGCCAUUCCGUGCAUUUGGCGAUGUGAAGUUCAAGUGGAGCAUUGAACUGCAGAAGCGUGUGUUGGAGUCCGGACCUGAUCAGCUCCAUGAAAACGAACACACCAAGUUUAUCCCUCCAAACUACCACACGCCGCCCUACCUGACCGCCGAGCCCGAGAUCACGUACCACAAACUGAGGCCACAGGAUCGCUUCAUGGUGAUUGGCUCUGACGGCCUCUGGGAGACCCUCCAUAGACAGGAAGUGGUUCGCAUUGUUGGGGAGUAUCUGACAGGGAUGCACCAGCGUCAGCCCCUCACAGUCGGAGGCUACAAGGUCACCCUGGGACAGAUGCAGGGGCUGCUGGACGAGAGGAAGGCCCGCGUGUCUUCAGCUUUCGAGGAUCAGAACUCGGCGACCCACCUGAUGCGCCACGCGGUGGGCAACAACGAGUUCGGCACAGUCGACCACGAGAGGCUGUCGAAAAUGCUGUCGCUGCCCGAGGAGCUGGCUCGCAUGUACCGUGAUGACAUCACCAUCAUCAUCUCUCAGUUCAACCCUCAUGUGAUCGGAGCACAGAGAUCGGAAGGGCAGUCCUGAGCUGCACAAAAGCCAUUCGCUGAUGUUACACUGCGGAGGACACACAUGCACACUUGUGUAACUGUACUGUAGAACUACACACAAGCACAGUGUGUGGACAACAAGGCCAUAUCAAGAAAUUAUCUGUCCAGCGGUCUGAAUUGUUUUAACUCUAUUUAUCUGAAGAAUUUGUAAAGCGCGAAACAAGAUCCAGGUCUUUAUGAAGUGAUCCUUGUUAAAAACUGGAUCGUCUCUUAUAAAACACAACAUGUUAUUUAUGCUGCCAAUAUCCUCUGGCAACCGUUUCAUACACACUUUCUCUGCGUGCUGUUACAAACUGACUCUUGUGCCAAAAGAUUCAACCUCCUCAUCAGCUGAACGCCUCAGCGGGGUUGAAAUGAAAGAAAUUCCAAAGAGGGCGAAGGUUGGGACUUUACAAGUAAAGAGGCCUUUGUUGAUGCAGCACUGACCCGACCUGCUCUCCUGAUAUGGACUCUGACUGGGCUGUGCCAUUAUAACUCUGCACUAUCUUUCUCUGCUGUGGGGUUAUGUUAAUCAGAUGCAUAGACUUCUGCAUCUGAGAGGCUGAUGUUACCACAGGACUGUUGCAUCCGUUUUUUGUUUUUAUUUCUUUGUGUGUGCCAUCAUAUGAGAUAUUCUUAGUACUGUUCAAAUAUACACUUUUGUUCUGCAGUCUGUGAUUACUUGGAUGUUGAUGUUUACUCCAUCAUCAGGUUGAAGUGUUGACUUUGAGUGUUAAGGUCUUUACAUCCACGUUUGUUGAACAUUGAGCAUUUAACGAUCCAUCGGUCCAGAGCGAUAGAUCGAUUGAAUGGUCAGUGAUGAAAAGUGAAAACAUCUAUUACAUCAUUUAAGAGAUGUGCCUUUAUUUUGUAAAACUCCCUGCACAUCUCCCCAAGUGCCCCUCCUUGCAGUUAAAUUUGAGCUGAAUUUUAUGCUAAAAUUCUUGUUGUUGAGCCAUAUUUUAUCUGUGCUAGAGGAGCCAAUUCGAAGUAACCUUUCUCUACAACAAUUUUAUUCUCUUUAUAGCCACAGUUAGUAUACAGAAGUAGCAUCUUCUACUGUAGUUAACUGAUAACUGACUGUUUAAUGUCCAGAUGAUUUUGUCUCAACGUUUUGCGGCAGAUGUUGUGAUAUCAGCAAAUAUCAAAUCGUUCAAGAAAUUGAUAAUCAAAUCAUGUUGUGAUCAAACUGGUGAUUUACACCCCCUUUGAACGUCUGAUGUGGAUGUAAAUACUUAACGUUAGCAGCUGACACUUUAAGCUCAUAGUGUAACCGUUCCCAUCCUGUGUGAGUCCCAAGAUAAAUCUCAGGGUUCACAAGAUUAUGUUGUAGAGAAGAGAGGGAAAAACAGUCCUGUUACACAAUAUUUUAACUGUUUGUUUCUUUUGUCUGACUUUUCUUAUACUGGACACUUUAAAAAUGAAUCCUCUGAAAUUCCUCAAAUUAAAAUUUUUGAAUAAUCUACAUUUCUUCAUUUUAAAAGCUCGCAAUCCAAACAUGUUGGGAACGCGAAUAUUCAUGGACUACUCAGUCUAAGAAGCCAUGAACCUCUUUAAAGACUAGCACUUGCUGUUCACUACAGGUAGACUGAUCCGUACCUGGCAUUUCUGUGACACUAUCACUUCAUUAUUGUGGUAUAAUGAUGUCUCUUGCUUCAGCUGUGACAUCUGGUCACAGCUGUGAGUUGGAUAAAAUGAAGGUUUGUAGUUCUGUUUCGAGGUUCUUGGGGUUAAAAGGGACGUGCGUUAAGAGCCUUGCUUGUUUUGCGGACCGGUCUUGUGGCUAACACUUUAUGGUUUUAUCAUUCGUGACAGACACUCUCCUGACACUCUCCAGUUAAACACUAUAGGCAGCCUCUUGUUUUUGUGUUCAAGUGUAUUUAAGCCCAAACGAAUGAGUGGAAUGUACAUUUGAAAGAAGCUGUUUGAAUAUUAAAGGUUAUAUAUUCAGCUUCAGCCGUUAUGUUACACGUCUUUGUCUACAGUCCUAUGUAUAAAUUAUAACUUAUGUGGGUUAAGUUUUGUAUAUGGAAUGGUUUAAUAAAACGCUGAAUACACAA